AUGAACAACGUCAACACGAUGAACCAUGUACAUGAGAGCGAUGGAGUGAAAACAGAAGCUGAAGCCAUGGACACAGACCAUGAUGGUAAUAACUGUAACAAGGCCAAUGAUGCCCAAGUGGUUAAUGGUGAUAUCAAGCCAACAAUGUCUAAUGAUGAAGAAAUGGAAGAAGAUGAGAGUCGAGCAGAGGCAACAUUCCAGUUUGUUGUAGAGAACUUCAGCAAACUUGAAGAGUCAGUUCUCAGUCCUCCCUGUAUGGUUAGAAACUUGCCAUGGAAGAUCAUGGCAAUGCCUCGCAAAAAUCAUGCAGACCGACAGAAGAGUCUGGGGUUUUUCCUUCAGUGUAACGGAGACUCAGAAUCAACUUCGUGGUCUUGUCAAGCUUCAGCAGAAUUAAGAAUGCUGAAAUGGGAUCCAGAAGCAGAACCUUGUAGAAGAAGUAUACAGCAUUUAUUUUAUCACAAGGAGAAUGAUUGGGGAUUCAGCCACUUUAUGGCAUGGCAGGAUGUGCUGGACCCUUCCAACGGCUUUAUCAAAGAUGACAAAAUUAUUUUAGAAGUUCACGUUGUCUCUGAUGCACCUCAUGGUGUCAGCUGGGACUCUAAAAAACAUACUGGUUAUGUAGGACUCAAGAACCAGGGAGCCACUUGUUAUAUGAAUUCACUGCUGCAAACAUUGUUCUUCACCAAUAAACUGCGUCGUGCUGUGUACUUGAUGCCUACAGAAAGUGAUGAUGGUACAAGGAGUGUUCCACUAGCUCUUCAGCGUGUUUUCUAUGAGCUCCAGUUUUCAGACAAGCCGGUGGGAACAAAGAAGCUCACAAGAUCAUUUGGAUGGGAAACCUUAGACUCCUUCAUGCAGCAUGAUGCCCAGGAACUGUGCCGAGUGUUGUUAGACAACAUGGAAAGCAAAAUGAAAGGGACUUGUGUUGAAGGAACUAUUCCAAAACUCUUUGAGGGAAAAAUGUUGUCAUACAUCAAGUGCAAGCACGUAGAUUAUGACUCAAAGAAAGAGGAAACUUUCUUUGAUAUACAGCUCAACGUCAAAGGGAAAAAAAAUGUUACUGAGUCUUUCAAAGAGUAUUGCACAGUGGAAACACUUGAUGGUGAUAAUAAAUACUUCGCUGGGGAGUAUGGACUGCAGGAGUCAGAGAAAGGUGUCAUAUUUCUCUCAUUUCCUCCUGUGUUACACCUACAUCUCAUGAGGUUCAUGUACGAUCCAGUCACAGAUGCAAACAUCAAAAUUAAUGAUAGGUUUGAAUUCCCAGAGAGGUUAAACUUAGAUGAGUUUCUUCAAAAGAAAGAGAAGACAUCUGCAGCCUAUGUGUUGCAUGCUGUGCUUGUACAUAGCGGGGAUAACCACGGAGGGCACUACGUCGUAUAUAUUAACCCUAGGGGUGACGGCAAGUGGUGCAAGUUUGAUGAUGAUGUUGUCUCCCGAUGUACAAAGUCUGAAGCCAUCGACCACAAUUUUGGUGGACAGGAUGACGAUCUCACUGUCAGACAUUGUACAAAUGCUUAUAUGUUGGUGUAUAUACGUGAAAGUGAAUUGA